ACAUGGCGGCGCCCAGGGGCCCUCAGCGCGGCCCCGCACCGCGCCCGGCGCCGGCAGCCACCGGGGGCUGAUGGCGUGUCCGUCUGUAGAUACACGUGUGCUUGCGUGUGUGUCAGCAUGUGCCUGUGCGCUGUGUACGCGCAGGGCGCGCUGUGUGACCGCCCUCAGACAGGAAAAUCGGGAUGUGCAGCCGGAGCUGCGCUGGUGUCCUGUGUGUUUCCUGGCUGCCGCCACUGCAGGAAGCCGGGGGCUGCUGUUUCCUGGUACAGUCCAGAGGUGCCGAUGGAAAAUGCCCUGCUCCCUGAAGUUCCUGAUGCGGAAGGAAAGGCGAACUCAAAUGACAAUCCAGCAGAGAGACUGGAGGCAGGCUCCGGCAAGGAAGAAUGCCCUGAGUCCAUGUCCAAGAGGCAGAGGAAGAAGCUAUUGAAGCAGAAGCAGUGGGAAGAACAGAAAGAUCUACGGAGGCAGAAACGAAAAGAAAAACGCCAGAAGAGAAAACUAGAGCGUCAGUCAAAAUUGGAUUCCAGCAGUGAGGGGAAUGACAGAAAGUGCAUGCGCAGGGAAGUUGUUCCUAGCACGCUUCGCCUCAUCGUGGACUGCAGCUUUGAUGACCUGAUGGUGUUAAAGGAUGUUAAGAAGCUUCACAAGCAGAUUCAGAGAUGUUACGCAGAAAACCGCAAGGCAUUUCAUCCUGUGCAGUUUUACUUGACCAGCCAUGGGGGACAGUUGAAGACCAACAUGAACGAAAAUGACAAAGGAUGGGUGAAUUGGAAGGAUAUCCAAAUUAGAACAGAGCACUAUAGUGAGCUAAUAAAGAAAGAAGACCUAGUAUAUCUUACCUCAGAUUCCCCAGACGUUCUCAGAGAGCUUGAUGAGAAGAAAGCCUAUGUGAUUGGAGGACUGGUGGAUCACAAUCACCACAAGGGGAUUACUUACAAAAAAGCUGUGGAGCAGGGAAUUGGUCAUGCACAGCUUCCACUUGGAAACUUUGUCAAAAUGAACAGUCGGAAAGUGUUAGCUGUCAAUCAUGUGUUUGAGAUCAUCCUUGCAUACCUGGAGAAGAGAGACUGGAAGGAGGCCUUUUUCAGUGUCCUGCCACAGAGGAAAGGGGCUGUUCCUUUGGGAGAAGCCAAUGAUUCAUCCAAACAUACUCUGUCUGGAAAAGAAGAUGAAGACAAUGACUCGGACAGCAACUAGGCUUCAGAAUCGGAUGAUGGAAAGAAGAGACCUGCAGUUCGUAGAAUAAAACUGGGACAUGAAGUAGUUUUACUUCAAAAACCAUCUGCAGUCCUUGUAAUGCUGAAUUGUCUCAGUGCUGGGUAGUCCCAGAGCUAUUUCUGUGCAUGAAGGGUUAAGUUAAAUGCAGGUUUUUACUCUGAAACUUCAAUAUAAUAGCUUUUUUAAAAAAUAAUGAUGGCAAAUGCAGCAUUUAUUUUUUCCAGGGAAGCUGUUUAAUUUAAUUUUUAAAAUAUUUUUGAUACAUACCAAGUUGGGUGUAAAUGCCAAGAGCAUCAGUAGUUACUAUUUUAAUGUAUGCAUUCCUGUCUCCAUUUCUGUUCAAGAGUUUUCUUAAAAGCAAUGAAUGGCAAGUGUUCCUUUGGCUCCAAAACCUGUACCACUAGUGCCUGCUGCAAAGUGUGCAUGAACACUCAAAACAAAAAUUCUGAUUUUCCUCAGCAUCUCAACAGACAAUCACAAGCAACUGAACUGCCUGAUUUAUGUAUUGCUUUUAGUUAGCUGGGGUCAGUAGGUGAAGUAUGUGGGGUUAAGCCAGUGCUUUAUACUUGAGCUUAAGAGGGAUGGGUGUUAGCAGAGGUGCAAAUCAUGUGUCUUAGUUGGCACAUGGUGGAAACUGAGGUGACUCAAUUACAUUCGAUUUUUUCUCCAUAUUCUCAGCAAAAUUUAUCACACAGCCUCAGAACACCACCAGGAGAGAGCAACUCUUCCUUACAGGUCACUCAGAUUCAGUAUUCCUGUGUAAUCACAUAAUACUGUAUGUAUUGUAUUGUCUGUCAAAUACUUUUCAUUUAAAAAAAAAGUCAUAAUCUUAUUCUUGGCUGGAUGUUCUGAUUCCUCAACUGACUUUAGUGCUUUGGCAAAGUAGUGAAGUGGACACCUUGGAAGUGAGGCUUUGCUUCAGCCCUGUGAGCCUGCCUAUCCCUUUCUUCUUCAGGGAGGACCCAGGUAGCUGCAGUGCAGCUCUCACGUUUCUCAUGCCUGAAGAGCAUGAGGACAUGGCAUCCCAAGUCUUCCUCUCUGCUGAAUUGCAAUCAGAAGGCUGAUUCAAGUAUGGCUUGCUUUGUGCCCGUUUUUCUUCCUCCCUUUGUUGUUACUGCUUUCAAGUGGAGACUUCAGGUGGGAUCCCUGUGGGUCCCUAUGGUCUGUUAAGGCUUGGCAACCAACUAGUUAUGACUUACACACUUAGUGCACUUCUCUACACUUUCUAAAAGGCCAAUACAAAAGUUGCUUCUGUUAAAAGGAUGCAUUGUGGUUUGUGGCUGAAGUUCCACGGGGCUUUUCUUAGGCUUUACAAAACUGUGAUUGCUUUGUUGCAGAAACUAGAUCAGCCUUUUCAUAAAAGUAUUGCUGGUUUUAUUUCUGUAUUAAAUAAGGCAACAUAACUGUACCCAGCAUGUAUUACACUGAUUCUCUAGCUGAAAGGUGUAACAUUGCAAGGAAUGACACCUUUGCAGGUGAUGUUCUGUAUGUUAAUGCAUGUAGCACCUAUUAAACCUAUCUAAGACUCCUCAGUCUGUCCAAGGUUUCCUUAAGACCAUUUCAUUCAUGUGCCUCAUUUACAUAGGCUUGAGAGUGUAGGAGCAGAUGGCUCGGACAAACUGGGGACUUUUAGAGACAUGCUGAAAGGGUUCCAAAGCAUCUUACAGAAUUGUUGUGCAACUUAAACCACAGCCUUACAUCUUUACCAGUGAAAUUAGAUACACACACAUAUGGGUAUUUUUCAAUUCAGCUGUUUAAAUCUGAAGCUUACCUGUCUAUGGAGAAAUAAAAGGAAAACAUAGUCUGGUGUUGCUGUUCAAAGGAUGCUCAUGCCAGCUGCACAGUGUGACAACAGCUGCUGCCUGUUCAUACACAUUGCUUGCCUCACCCACCUGGUCUUCCUGGGAGGUGGUCCUCCUGCUCUGCUCUGAUGAGAGCCCACCUGGACUGCUGUGUCCAGAGCUGGGGCUCAAGACAUACGAAGCCCAUGGACCUGCUUGAC